UUGGAGAUCACAGGUGUAUUCAGAGAUUUUCUUACCAUCGGGACAGCGAAUAGCGUUUUGCUCAGGAAACAUUAUGAAUGGUGUGAUGUACGGCGCAGUCAAACUGUCGCUUAGCAACAGUUCCACUUAGUUGUCAAACAUCAAAGGUGUUCGGCGUGUUUUGUUUUUCUACCUGUAUUCCGACGAAUACCGUUCCUGCGCCGCGAUUGGCUAGUAAUAUUACGGUUCCUGCUCUCUGAUUGGUCGGCUGUUGACCUGCUGCUCGUGAGUACGAACUGCCUGCCAAUCCUAGAACACGAGGCGAGGCCUACCGGAAUGCGGGUGGGAACUGUUUAAAGCAGCGCUCCGGGGCGUUACUUUGUAGUAGUCUAACGCGUAUCUAUUGGCUGUGCGGGUCGGUGUACGUGGAGGUGUGUGCGUUAUGGCCGUCGUCAGUCUUACCGUCACAUCCUGAACGGCUCGUUCGGCUUUGGAUCGGAGUAUUUUGACAGCAGUGGGGGCGGGAAUGGGGGGGGUGGUGGCGGGGGUAAAAAAGGACUUUGAAGGAGCGCUGCACCGCGGACUGGGCGGACUGGGCGAACUUCACUGAGUCUAAUGCGUGUUUCAGUACUUGCCGUGGUCCGGCGCCAUGGUGGAUGUGCCCAGUCUGUUCAGUCCAUUGUCUCCUGUGGGGGACCCAGUGUUGGACAGCCCACUGUAUGGAGAGCUGAUCAUGAACAUGGAGGAGCUGGAGGACAUCUCCUGCUCCCUCAACGAUGACACCUUAAAUCUGCUCUACCUGCCCGACUGCCAAGGCACCAACACCAGCCCUGAAAGCUCCAUUACUCUGGAUGUCCCGAGCCCAGCCUCUAGUCCAUCCUCUACAGUGUUUGGAGCGGUUCCAGGGCAGGAUGAAAUCACCUCCAGCCCGUUAAAACUUGAGUGUCGCGUGUGUGCUGAUCGUGCCUCUGGCUUCCACUAUGGAGUGCAUGCCUGUGAGGGGUGCAAGGGGUUCUUCAGAAGAACCAUACGCCUCAAGCUGGAGUAUGACAAGUGCGAGCGCAGAUGUAAGAUCCAGAAGAAGAACCGGAACAAGUGCCAAUACUGCCGCUUCCACAAGUGCCUCGCUGUGGGCAUGUCCCAUAACGCUAUCCGUUUUGGGCGGAUGCCUCGCUCAGAGAAGCUGAAGCUGAGAGCAGAGCUGCAGAUUGGUGAGACGGAGGAAGGACAGACCCAGCUGGCUGAUCUGAAGACUCUAGCCAGGCAGAUCCAUGAGGCCUACCUCAAACACUUUCACAUGAGCAAGGCCAAAUCACAAAUCUUUCUUGCUGGCAAGACCAGCACACCUCCUUUUGUCAUCCAUGACCUGGACACUCUGCAGCAGGCGCAGCAGAUCCUGGCCACUCAGAUGCUGGGAGAGGGGAAGGACGGCUUGGUGAGUGCUCUGCAGGAGCGAGAGACCGAGUCCCGUCUCUUUCGUUGCUGCCAGCACACCUCGGUGGAAACCGUCACCCAGCUGACUGAGUUUGCCAAGGCCGUGCCAGGCUUUGCUAGCCUGGAUCUAAAUGACCAGGUGACAUUGCUGAAGUACGGCGUGCAUGAGGCCUUCUUCACCCUUCUGGCCUCCUGCAUGAAUAAGGAUGGGCUGCUGGUGGCCCACGGUAGAGGAUUCAUCACUCGUGAGUUCCUUAAGAGUCUCCGCCGGCCCUUCAGUGACAUGAUGGAGCCCAAGUUCCAGUUCGCCAUGCGCUUCAAUGCACUGCAGCUAGACGACAGCGACCUGGCACUGUUCGUGGCCGCCAUCAUCUGCUGUGGAGACCGACCAGGACUGGCAAACGUGUCACACAUCGAGUGCAUUCAGGAAAGUAUCAUUCAUGCUCUGCAGCUCCAUCUGCAGGCCAACCACCCUGACAACACCUUCCUCUUCCCCAAGCUCCUGCAGAAACUGGCCGACCUUCGGCAGCUCGUAACAGAGCAUGCUCAGUUGGUCCAGGACAUUAAGAAGACACAGGACACUUCGCUUCAUCCAUUACUGCAGGAAAUCUACAAGGAUAUGUACUGAGAGCUGAACCUUAGGGUGUUGAGGGUGUUACUGGUUACUGGACAAGAGGUAGCCUUUUUUCUGGCUCCCUACAGCCUCAGGAGAACAGCAGCAAAGGGACUGAAAUAUUCUCAUGGCUUUCAGGCCAGCUUUGAUAAAUUGAAGGUCUGGUGCAUGUUGGAUGUUGUACUUGGAGUAUGUACUUGGCCAUCAUAAUGGCUGUUCACUAAUCUUCAUGAACCCUAGGCCGUCAUCCCUAUACAGCAGGUGAUGAGCUUCACCUGACGGCCAUCACUUUUGUGAGUACAAUGCUGCCUGUGCCAAGCUUCCUGCCAUCGAACUCUUUAAAUGAACAUAUUUCAUACCUUCUAAAAGCAGUGUGUGCUAUUCCCAAAAUGGAAGUGUGGCAUUAGGAAGUCUAUUCUGUAAUUUUUAUGCCAUGGUAGAAUGCUGGAAUAUGGCUCACAUGCAUAGCCAUCAAUGUAAGACCAAUACCUCAUGUUAAAUGGCAUAAAAUAACAUGUACAAUUGGUAUAAAUGUGUAUACACGUAUAUGCACUGUAUAGCACUCCACUUGUGAUUAAUCAAAAUAUGUUUUGAAGGUAUUUAUUUUUGAAAAUAUGAUACUAGUGCCAAUAGAAAAAGUGUAUUAAUAUAUGGUCAAAUGUGUCUCAUUUGGCAAUACUGUGCCUUUCUUGUUUUUCUCAUAGUAUGCCAUCUAAAUCAUAUAUAUUGCAUUAUGAGCACAAUAUGCAGUUGUAUGCCAAAGGUUUGGCUCCCCUGUUGAUUUUGUUGAUUUUCUAAGUGAAAAUAAGUUCACAUCCUCUACAGAGAACACACUUCUGCACAUUUUAAUGCAAAAUUACUGUUUACUGAAGUGAACAUAUUGGGGAAAAUAAAACAUAAAAUGGCACAUGCAAAAGUCAUGACACAUUGCAUAUGUUUUACUUUUACACAGACACAUACUAUAUUUAAGUUCAAUGUAUGAACUUACUGUCACUUAGAAAAUCAACAAAACAUAUUUUGACCCAAACUUUCCACAUGACUGUAUUCACCAGUAGCAUUAUGGAGCUGCAUUGUGAAAUGCUACACAUACAUUAAAGAGAAGUAUAAUAUAUGAAUGGGGAAUAUUAUGUUGAUAUCAGGGAAUAUUGCAUUGUCUAGAUACUCAGGGAAGAUCAAGCUUCAGCUUUUAGAAUUGAUUACCCAUCCCAGCACUAGACUACAGCAGGUACACUACACUGGCUCUUAUUUCAAUGGAAAUAUUUGUAAUGCUCUUCUCAAUGGGAAAAGAUAAAUAUGUUUUUAAUUGUUUGUGUGUAAAGGGACCUUGGUUAAACUAAUUAAUCUGGUUUAACUGGUUAAUAUUUACGCCAUGGUGACCUGUUGUUAACUAUGGCAGUUUGCUUAUUUCGCCUCUUAGAUCUGAAAAUAAAUGUGAAUGUUUAACGUCUAGUCAAUUUCAGGAAUAAAUGUCAUUGAUUGUGAAUAUUUGUUUAAUGUA